AUGUCACCUCACUCCUAUAUGGGCAUUCAUUCCAGCAGCAGUGUGCCUCUCUAAAGCGAUGCUCUUCACCAAAACGCAGAAGCAUCGUUACGCACGGCGAUGUGACAUCGGAGGACUGACUUUAUAACGUAUGGACGCUUGGAUUGUGAACUCUGCUCUUCUCACAUAUGUGUGAUACAUUCGGAACUCGCCGUGUACGCGUCGGGACAAUCUGCAGGGACCUGUGAUGAGGGGUUUGCCGUGUGCGGAGGUACAUUUGUGCGGGUACUGUGCUUUCAGUGGACCAUACGCUAUACAUGUUUGUACUGACCAGGAGCAUUACGCACGACGCAUCUCCGCGCGUUAGUGGAAGGCGGCUCAGCGCACCCAGUCGUAGCUGUUUUUGGAGGGGAGAAGGGUGCAAAACAACAAACAUGAUACGAACGGACAAAUUGGAGGCAGCAUGGAUUUAACCCGGGUAAAUCUGUUGGCGGAGAACGUCUCCAACGAUGAGAACGCCACGGACGCACCGCUUGCCUUGCCGCACACGGAGGCAGCCACUGCGCUCAUCAUCCUGGUGGUUACCGUGAUCAUUUCGGUGACCAUCGUCGGCAACGUGUUGGUGAUAGUGGCGGUGCUGACCAGCCGGGCUCUCCGUGCGCCUCAGAACCUUUUCUUGGUCUCUCUGGCAUCAGCGGACAUCCUUGUGGCCACGCUGGUCAUCCCCUUCUCUCUUGCCAACGAGGUUAUGGGCUACUGGUACUUUGGAAGCACUUGGUGCGCCUUCUAUUUGGCUCUGGACGUUUUGUUCUGCACCUCAUCCAUCGUGCACCUGUGCGCCAUCAGCCUGGACCGCUACUGGUCCGUCACAAAGGCGGUCAGCUACAACCUGAAGCGGACGCCUAAGCGCAUCAAGUCCAUGAUUGCUGUAGUGUGGAUAAUAUCCGCUAUCAUCUCCUUCCCUCCUCUUCUCAUGACCAAACAUGACGAACGGGAGUGCCUCCUGAACGAUGAGACCUGGUACAUCCUCUCAUCCUGCCUGGUGUCCUUCUUCGCUCCGGGUCUCAUCAUGAUUCUGGUUUACUGUAAGAUCUAUAAAGUGGCCAAGCAGCGCUCCUCCACCGUGUUCGUGGCCAAGAACGGCCUAGAGAGGCAGCCUUCUCAGUCGGAGACCUGUUUCGUCAGGAAGGACCGCUUUGAGAUGGAGAGCCCCAGCAGCCAAAGCUCGGGCAGCCACCAGCAAAGGCAGGGGGAGCUGGAUGACAUCGACCUGGAGGAGAGCUGCUGCCCGUCGGAUACUAAACCCCGCAAUCACCGCUUCACUAAGCGGAGGAAGGUGGAGGGGUCGGACUGCUGCCCUCCGCAGAACUGCCGCCUCUCGUGGGCUUCGGCCCGGGCGUUACAGCUCUACCCGGAGCAGCAGAAGAACCCGGCCGGGCGGCAACAUCUGGCCGCGGCCAACAAGACCAAAGUGGCCCAGAUGCGGGAGAAGCGUUUCACCUUCGUGCUGGCGGUAGUGAUGGGAGUGUUUGUGCUUUGCUGGUUCCCAUUCUUCUUCACUUACAGCCUGCGUGCCAUCUGCAGAGACAGCUGCUACAUCCCCAGCGCACUUUUCAACCUUUUCUUUUGGAUUGGCUACUGCAACAGUUCCGUGAACCCCAUAAUAUACACUAUUUUCAACAGGGAUUUCAGAAAAGCCUUCAAGAAAAUCGUCUGCAGAACUCCUAAACGCACUUAAACAAUGAAAGGGUCACAUUUAUGUUGCCUCUCUCAAUCAAGAGAGCUGGGAAGAAAUUAUAUUAUUAGAACUCAUUCUUCUUGGCUGACUACUUCCCCUCCCCAAAUAAUUUUAAUGUAACUGUUAUAUUGAGAAAAAAAAAAGAUCCAGUCUUGUGUACACAUUUAAAUGUCUAUGAAUAAAAUGUAAAGUGGAGCACAGCAAAAGACAACUA